AUGUGGGCACUGACAUGCCUGCCAAUUCAGAACGCGGAGGCGGUGCAGCUGAUGGAGUGUUACAAGGCGCACAAUGCGCUGCAGAGCAACCAGUGGCUUCUGCCACGACACCUGGCCUACUUCGCCGUCCGACCUCUCUAUCCGGCACAGCUGGUGCUGCCGACCAGCAGCGUAAUUCAGCUUCCGCUCCGCGCCGUUCCCUUCAGCUCGCUGCCGCUCUCGAGAAAGCGCGAGGUCCUCGGCCUGUGCCCGCCGCCCCGCACGCCACCGGGCUCGUGCUCCUUUCUUGAGUGCAGCCGUGCUGCCAUGCGAUGGCGUCCAGCCUCUCUAUCGGAAUGCUUUGAUGCGGCAUUUGUGCGCAGUGACUCCCCGUCGUCUCAUCAGCACUUGCUGUGCGCCGCCGACUGCGCUGGGAGCGUGACGGUUGCGGAGGAGGUCACCGUGUUCAACGCUCAAGAGACGAACAAUCCGUUUCUCGUCGACGCUGACCUUGUGCACCGCAACCUCCUCACCAAGGAGGCGUACCAGCACUCCAUCGGGAGCUCGCUGACCACUAUCGCCGCGCAGUUUCGCUACACAUCGUUUGACUGGGUCGAGGCGACGGCGCUGGCCGCUGCAGGUCUGCGCGUGCGAUCCAGCGCAGCGCCCCAUCUCGUCAACUGCGUCGACACACUGAGAGUGGUGCACAUCUCACAGCUGCCCUACACGCGCCAACAGGAGCUGGUCGCCCAGAUGCCGCGCAUGACCCUCAUCAAGAGCAUGACAAUAUCGUAUUUCUUCUACCGCAAACGCUGGCGCCUUUAUAAAUCAAUGGAGCUAAUGCGCCCUCUCCUCCACCGCGACGUUCCGUGCUGCAGCACCCCACAGGCACAAGCCUUGCAGCCGCUGCUUUGGAUUGUGGUGGAUCUAGACAUGGAGUUCCGCGGUACUGUGACGGAGUGUGCACGACACUCACGCAAACAAUUUUACAACUCGCAACAACUGGAGGUGGACGCGUGCGCUGUGCCCAGUCGUUCAUAG